AUGAAUUAUUUAUUGUCUGUAUCUACGCCAUCUGGGGGUUCUAUGGUAUGUGCAUAUGUAUAUCCGGCAUGUGAUGUUUUGAUUGGUGAUAUGACGUUAUACGUUGGUUUGCUACCUUUGAGCAUUGAUCACUUUGAUUACAUCUUGGGUAUAGAUUGGUUAACAAAGUAUUGUGCAUCUAUUGACUGUGUGAAUAAAUUUGUUGUAUUUCGUCCACCUGGUAUGCCUGAGUUUGUUUUCACUGGGAACGGAGUAGUCCCUCCCCUAUACUUGAUUUCGGUUGUGAAAGUUGUUAAAUUGCUUAGGAAGGGAUGUGGAGGCUACUUGUGUUGUGUAUUGACUGCAUCAUCUGAUGAUACUAAUUUAGAAACUAUUCUUGUUGUUUGUGAAUUUCCCGAUGGGUUUCCGAAUGACUUGCUCGGAGACUUAGUUGAUAUGGAAAUUGAGUUCACUAUUGAAGAAAAGAAUGAGAUUGAGAUUAUGAUGCGUGAACAUGGCGGAAUCUUAGCUGUCAUUUCUGCUCAGCUUGCAAUCAUUGAAGAGAUUAAAGAGAAACAAUGCAAAGAUGAGUCUUUGAGGAAAAUUGUUGAUGAGCAGAAACUCUGGGAACCGUGGAAGGCAAAUACUAUUGCAGAUGCAUUAAGCCGAAAAUCCAUUGAGAAUUUGUGA